AUGGCUCCUUCAAAAGAACAGAUGGAUGAAAUGAAAGAGGCAUUUACCCUAUAUGAUAUUGAUAGAGAUGGACUUAUUCCCUCAAGCCAUGUGGGCUCCGUACUAAGAAGCUUGGGUAUCAAUGUUUCAGAUGCUGAAUUAACAAAGUUAUCCAGCGAGAUCGGUGACGCUAUUGAUGAAAAGAAGUUUAUAAAUUUUGCUAAAUUAAAAUUAAACGAGACUGAAUCUGAAGAAGAAUUUGUGAAAGCUUUUACUGUCUUUGAUGCGGACAAUAGCGGUUACAUCGAAACUGCCAAAUUUGCCGAGUACAUGAUGACCUUAGGAGAAAAGUUACCUGAGCAUGAAGUCCAGCUGAUGGUCCAGGAAGCUGAUCCUACUAAUUCAGGUAGUUUCAAUUAUCACGAAUUCGUGCAACGCAUCAUGGCUAAGUAA